GCCACUGUAUGCCCAGAUAUGGCGGAUAUCUUUUUAUUAUGUGAUUGUGGGUACGAGGCGAGAUAAAAAAGCUGAAACGAUGGCGUACGAUCUGAAAAACGAGGAAGACGUGAAGGAGUACUUGAAGAACCUUCACAUAGAGUAUCAAUACGGCUGUUACAGCGAGAAAAAGCCGGAGGUGUGCCAUUUACUGGGCGACUUUUACGAAGCGGUGAAGUUGGACAUGGAGAAGGCCGCUUCGAUAUACAAGACGACCUGCGAUCAAUACAAUUAUGCCAGGAGCUGCACGAAAUUCGGCGAUUUCAAGGCGAUUGGCAAAGGUUGCAAAAAGGACAUACCGACGGCAUACGAGUACAUGUCGAAGGGCUGCGAGUUCAACGAUAAGGACGGAUGUCUGCACGCUGGUGUUCUGGCAACGUCUAAGCACGAAGUUGGUGAGAAGGAUAGGGCUACCCAGAUUCAUGCGGGUGCCAAGUACCUCAGAAAGGCAUGCGAUAUGUACAACUCGGACAAGGCCUGUUUCUACUUGGCGGCAGGUUUAAAACGCCUUCCUUGCUGCUCAUUCUUCAACGGCAUGACCAUGCGACACUACUUGUCGGUUUCACGGCUGGCGAUUGCCGUUUUUGUUGCGCUCGUCUCUCACGGCAUUCUGUCGAAUGCACAGUUAGCCGAUGGUGAAUCGGAGAAAAAUGCCGUCAACGUGGAUGUUUACUACGAAUCGUUAUGUGGUGAUAGCAUGCGAUGGAUCGUAAAUCAACUCGUGCCAUCGUAUCCACAAUUGAAACGACAUAUUCAGGUCACAUUAGUUCCUUACGGAAAGGCUACGCACACGCGCGAAAAUAAAACCGGUCCAUGGCAGUUCUCGUGUCAACACGGGCCCGCCGAGUGCCGUGGGAACAAGGCCCAGGCGUGCGCGAUUCACUCCAUACGAUCCAUCGAGGCGCCCGAGAGCCAUCAGCAGCUGACGGUCAACCUGGUCGGUUGUGCAAUGUCCGAUGGAAACCCGCCGAACGCCGUCCCGCAGUGCGCUCAAAACAUCGGCCUGAAAGAAGAAACGCGAAAGUCGAUCGACGACUGCAUCGCGAGCUCAUUAGGGGACGAUUUGCUCGCGACUAAUGGCGACAAAACGCAUUCCCUGCAACCACCCUUGAGAUUUGUACCGACAAUAGUAAUCAACGGGGUAUACUCAAAGGAAAAUCAAGACGAAGGGCUAAGAAACUUCCCCAGCCUGGUCUGUCGGCAUUUGACGGCAGAAGAAAAACCGAACGUUUGCAGCAAGGAGAACUAAAGAAAAUUCGAAAGGGAGGAUGAACAAAACCGAAUUGCACGCGUCAAAGGUACGGGGACGAAUUAAUCGCUCGGGUCGAAAUAAAUGAUGUGUUUUAUUUUUGCCUAUAAUAUACAUAAGUACCUAUGUACAAAAAUACAUAUAUAUGAUUUAUCAAGUA